AGACGUAACAGCAUCAACAAAUGCUUGAAACUACCGGCGGACUUCUUUAGUUCUAUCCGUACAACGAAGGGGAACGGUGCAUAUUUCAUAUCUACCUUUCUUUCAAGCACCCACACAAAAUUAUAAAAUUUUCAGGUAUUUUUAAGUUCGUUAGUAGUUUGCAUUUGCGAUUGGCACCGUUAAACGCAUAAGAAACUGGGCAGAUAUGGCGACAAAAAUCAAUGAACAGGAUUGCGUCAUGACGAAGCGGGACAAUCAAGCAAGUAACAAAGAAUGUUCCUCUGGAACGAAGGUCAAGCGCAAGUCCAGAUCCGCUAGAAGACGUUUGAACGCUAUGAUGAGCAACGCAUCGUUUCAUUUUUCCGAUACGGAUUCGGAGGGCGAGUUGACAAUGAUCACCAGCAAGAUCGGCAAGCUUAAUUCGACGCAAGCCCCGCAAGCGAAUCCAUUAAUUUCUGUGACCCAUGCGGAGGCUACCGAGUCCAAGGCGAAGGUCAACGACAAUCUGGAUUACCUUAUAGCUGACGGUGAGGCCAGAUCCCGAUCACGCCGCAGUAGCUUCGCGGAGAAUCUCACCGACGUCGAUGAAAUCUACGAUGAAAUCGACGAGAAAGAUACCAUCAGUAGCAACUUAAAUGUGGUUGAUAAUGGUUAUCAAGGGGAAACGGAUUUGGAGGAUAUGGAUGGCGACGACGACGACAUUCAACCACCGAUCUAUGUUACACCAAGAUCAGAUAUUCUGGUCGAGUUCGGUGGCGAGAUGAUCACAACCAAGGAAGGUGACGGACCGUUCUCUGUGGAAGUGCGAAAUCGAUUGUCGCGAGAAGAAGCUUCCAUCGACAAACCAGAUACCGAAAACGUACCGGAUAUGCCGGACACCGACAGCGAGGACAUGGAAGGGUCCGAAGAUGAAACUAAAUUGGAUGAGGCAGCUGCUUACAACGAUAUGUACGAAGACCUCGAUAUCUUGGCGGCCUCGCAGAUUGUCAUGACCAACAAAAUGGAAAACACCUUGCAUGUUCCGGAUGUCGACGACGCUAUCAGCGAUUGUCAUACCGAUAUCGAGGAUGUCGAUUAAAUAAAAUAGAAUUAAAAGACGAAUUUAAAACAAUUAUUAAAAGCAUGCGAAAUAAUGCAACCCUUGGAAUAAAGGGCAGGGAGAAUUUCCAACAUCUCUCUCAUUAUGCUUACAAUUAGCGAAAAUUAACGUACCAUUAACGGGAUGACAGAAUGAUAUUAUUACGAAUAACAAGAGUAAGGAGCUUUCGAUUAAUCGUGAUCGGAUAAAGCCCACUCAAGUUACACAAGUUGCGUAACAUCUUAUAUGAAUGUAAGAAAUCUUGAUUCAAUUAGGAGUUGUUAUUUGGAAGACAGGUAAAAUUUUGAAAUUUUUCUGUCAGCCUUGAAUAAUAUCAGGCAUUGUCAAAAUUGUUUUAAAUAAUCACGAGGGUCUAAUUAAACGGCGUAAAGUUUAUUAAUAAAUUGUAUUAAAAAUUACGGUCUUUCACACCAAACAAUUAGCAAUUUAAAAAGAAAAUAAUUUUGUUUUUGUUUAUUUGUUUCUUUGUCCUUUCUCACAAAAGUUGUCCAUAAAAUAAUUCUCAAAUUUUUCGCAGCAAACGUUUAUUUCGGAAAAUCACGAAGAGGAAAAAGUAGUUAAAGGUACAAUGUGAAAAAAAUAUUUGUUUCUAUACUUUGUUAAUCUCAGAAUAAAUACAUAUUGUAUGAGAUUACAUAUACAUAUAUGGACAUUAUUUUGUGGGCAACCUAUAAGCACACUAUAUAGUUUGUUACAAAUUCUUACGUUUUCCUUUUUGCACCGUGCCUAAAACUUAUUAUUAAUAAAUACUCAGUAGGGCAGACAUAAUGAUUCAGGCAAAGUAAAAUACACGAUACAAUUGAUCUCUGGAAAGUAACAAGUUGCUUCGCAUUAUUCAAAAUAGCAUUAGCGUUGGUCAAAGAAGUCCGCUUAUAACAAUCACUGUAUAUUGAACAUCGCGAACAUAGUUUAUUUAUAAAUCCAAUAACAAUACAAUGCGCAUCGAAACGAUUAUCGACAAAAAUUAAUUCUUAUGUUCUCGUUAUGAAAUCGCAAUAAUAAUAACGCAAUAUUUGUGUACUUGUUAUACUUGCAGACCGAACUGCCGUCCUCAACAUUAUCAUAGACAACCGUAUGGGAUAUUAAUACAAAAGAGUAUGUCUCCGCAGUCUGGAGAAUUUUUCCAAUAUAAACAAAUACAUAUACAUAUAUAUACACAUAUAUAAUUAUAAUUAUAUGAUAUAAUAUGUAAAUACGUACAUAGAUAAUUAAUGCAGUAAUACUCGAUGAGUGUUAACUUUUCUUGGCAAUAACAUUGUUUCUAAGAUCAAGUCGUUGUACGUGCAAGAGUAGAAAAAUUUAUUUCGUAUUUGCGAAUUAUACUUUUGAUGGACACAGCUAUAAUUAUGAUUCGAAUUAUGUCAUGGAUAUAAUUAAUUUAAAGACACAAGAAAGAUAAUCGUUACGUACAUUCAAGACUUGUUAAGUUGUUUACAACGAAUUAAAGCUGUCGAAUAUAAAACAGAACAAGUCCAUUCUUUUAUAUUACAUGAAUUAUUAUUAGUUGUUUUCCUUUUAGUUAAAGGAGCAUGAACAAAAGGGUUAAUCUGAUAUAAGAAGUACAUUGUCUAUCUAAAAAGCAAUAAUCUUAGUAGCGUUAAUAAGAUUAGAUUUGCGUAGAAACGCUUUAUCUCGAGAUUCGUGUUAAUGGACUGCUGUUUUGCAUUUUGCGGCUUCACCACUUGGCUCUAGUACAUCUCGUAUAUACCUGCCGCGACUGUAGAAAAGAAAAGAAAAUGAGAAAAAAAAAGACGAAGAAUUUGCGCUACGGAAGUUCUCGAUCGCCAGAUCUCGCUGUGAAUAAAAAAAAGAACAAUUGUAAAGAAAAAAAAAUAGACACGAUGUAUCGCAGUCAUUAUAACGACAUGCUUAAUAAAAAGUAAUGUGAGCAUAA